AUGAUUCGCCCGGUAAUAGUUCUAAACACUGUAAGUUUUGCAAGUUGUGGUUUCCGCGAGUUCCUUAGUGUUUUGUUUCAAGAAUUCCGCUUAUACGAUUUCUCCCCUCGGGAUAAUUGCUCAACAGUCCCCGCAUUAGACGAGGAAGUCAGAUUAUAUACUAAUACUAUAGAUCGGGAGAAAUACGAGAACCUCGCUGACUUGUAUGCAAUCAUUGUCACAAUGGAACACCUCGAAAAAGCCUACAUCAAGGACUCGAUUAAACAUACAGAUUAUACUCCUGCUUGUUCGAAAUUGAUCGCACAGUACAAAACAGCUUUGAAUUUGGUAAGCGAUCAUGUGCCUGAUAUUGAGAAAUUUAUGAAAGAGUACAAGCUCGGAUGUCCCGCAGCAGCCAAUAGGUUUAAGAUAGGGGUUCCGGCUACUAUAGAACAUUCGACUGGCGCUGGACAUGGAUCUGGAGCCUCAGCAAAAUAUGUGGCUGAAACUGUGACGCAUUUUAUUACGCUAAUGGAUACUCUCAAACUGAACAUGAAGGCAGUGGACGAGUUACAUCCGAUCCUAAGUGAUCUAAUGCAAAGUCUCAACAAUGUAAGCUCUCUCCCUGCCGAUUUCGAAGGAAAGGCAAAGGUAAGAAAGUGGCUGAUAACUUUAAAUUCAAUGAAAGCGAGUGAUGAGAUCAACGCGGAGCAAGUACGGCAAUUGUCCUUUGACAUGGAAAACUCGUAUAAUGCCUUCUAUCGUUCAUUAUCGAAAAGUUGA